AUGACUCCGAAAAGAGCUUUGAUAUCCCUUACUUCAUAUCACGGUCCCUUCUACAAAGAUGGUGCCAAAACAGGUGUUUUUGUAGUUGAGAUCUUGCGAUCGUUCGAGACAUUCGAAAAGCAUGGUUUCGAAGUGGACUUCGUUUCUGAGAAUGGCCACUUCGGCUGGGAUGAACAUUACUUGCCAAAGAGCUUUAUAGGUGGUGAGGAUAAGAUGAACUUUGAAACGAAAAAAUCUGCCUUUAAUAAGGCAUUAGCUAGGAUCAAGAGUUCAAAUGAAGUUGACGCCAACGAAUAUAAAAUUCUUUUCGUAUCUGCUGGACAUGGUGCUCUAUUUGACUAUCCAAAAGCUAAAAAUCUGCAGGAUAUUGCAUCGAAAAUAUAUGCCAACGGCGGUGUGAUCGCGGCCAUCUGUCAUGGACCCCUCCUUUUCGAUGGAUUAACAGAUAUCAAAAUUGGAAGGCCACUAAUUGAAGGCAAAGCUAUAACUGGCUUUCCGCUCGACGGUGAAAUUGCCCUAGGAGUUGACGACAUUUUGAGAAGCAGAAACUUAACAACUGUUGAACGUGUUGCGAAGAAGAAUGGAGCCAAGUAUUUGGCCCCAAUUCACCCCUGGGAUGACUAUUCCAUUACCGAUGGAAAGUUAGUUACCGGUGUCAAUGCAAAUUCAUCCUAUUCGACUACCAUCAGAGCUAUAAACGCAUUAUAUAGCUAA